AUGGAAUAUGGAGUUGCAAAACUUCAUGAUUCGGUUGUAAAGCAGGAGGAAUGGAUUUCGAGUGGUGACAUUCGUUCGCCGAUUGCUAUGUUGGCGAACCCUAACAAGAAAGCAGCAACGAGCCCUCUGAAUGAUAUGGCAACAAUCAAGAGCAAGAGAUGUGUUAAGCUUGGAUUCAUUGUAAUUACUUCUGUGGAUAAUCACGAACGACAAAGAGGUCUUUUAUACUAA